AUGACAGCAACAAACAACAACAGCAACUAUAUCGUUUCUGAUGAAAAAGUUAUUGAUUCAUUAGCUGAGGAAUUAGUUGUGGCAGAAACUAAAACCCUCAACGAAAGAAUUGGUGAAAACAGGAUUGAUUUACAUAACUACCUCAAAUACGAUGGAGGAAGAGGAAGGAAAACUGGUACAGCUUUAUUAGCAAAUAAAAUUUCAAAUUUAACGAUUAUAGAUGUUGAUAUCAAUAAAUCAUACGAUGAUGAACUUAAAGAAACAGUUAGAAAAGACAUUUUAUCAAAACUUUCGGAUAAAGAUGUUAUUGUUAAAACCGCUUCAGGAGGUCUUCACAUUUAUUGCAACACUAAUUUCUUCUAUGCAGUUUCGAACAGAAUGAUUAAAUGUUAUUCUUGCAAUGAUUAUGAUAUUGAUAUAAUGACUUCUAUGGAUGAUUCAAAGCGUUCAUUAGUGGUUAUGGCUGAUUCAAGAGUUCGAAAGAAUGCAACAGAACCAAUCAAAACAUACUCAUUCAUUCGUGGAAGUUAUGAUUCAACAUUAACUAGAACAGUAAACGAUAUAUUAAAUGAUUUGAAUAUUAAGGUAAGAGUUGAACAAAAGAAUGAAGAAAUAAAGAGUAUAAUGAAUGAAAACAAUGAUGUAAACAUUGACGAUAAACUAGCUCAAAGCAUAGUUGAUGGCAUCUGUGAUUUUGAAGUACAUAAUGAUGGUGGAAACAUGAAUUUAGAAAAAGAAAUAACAUUAUUCACACUGUUUCAAGCAAUUAAUUCGUUACCUAAUCAUUUCAUUAAUGAAGCAUACGAUAACGUUUAUAACUUCUGCAGUUUAACAGAAAAUGCAAAAAGUAAUUUUGAAAAAGCACGUAGUAGAUAUGCACAUUUAAUGACUUCUCCAUUUGUUUUAGUGAAGAUUCUAAAACUAUACCAAAAGGAAUAUUAUGAUGAAUAUGUUUUACCUUUAUUACGUAAGCCAAAAAUAACAUUUGAUAUAAAACUUGAUGAUUCAUUCUUGAUAACAGAUAUUAGACGCAAGGCUGAAAAUCAUCAGUAUAAAAACAGUUCUGAAGUAAUUGAGGAUUUAUCACGUGUAAUCCGUUUUGUAGAUUGUGGAAAUAAAUAUUUCAUUCAAAAGGACUAUAAUUGA